UUUAAAAGUGUUAUGUUGGAACUGUCAGGCUUGAUAUGUUGGAAGUGAAAGAAACUGAUGGGGUGGAGACAUUUGGUAAUGAUGCGGAUGAAAAGCUUGCAGCCAUACCCGAGGAAGGUUUCCCUGAGGUUGAGCUGGCUGAUGUGCAAAGAGGAAACAUGUUAGACACAGAAACAGAGAAGGUUGCAUCAAAAGCAGUACAAGUUUCAGCAAAUGACUUUCAGCCUUUGCCUGCCACCAUAAGCAAGGCACCCUGCAUUGAAAAUAUGGAGACAGAGACACCUAGCCCUGAGGUGAAAGAAGGAACACUUGUUGAGAUUGAAGAAACACCCAAUGCUGAUGCAAAAGAGGUGCCUUCCCCUGUGGUGAAAGAGGCACCUGUGGCUGAAGUCAAAGAGGCACCUAUCAUAGAAGACAAACCCAUCCCUGAAGUCAAAGAAUCUCCUAUCACUGAAGUCAAAGUGUCACCUCCCCUAGAGGCUAAAAAGGCACCUGUCACUGGCGUCAAAGAGGCACCUGCUAUUGAAGAUGAAGUACCUGCUGCUGAAAUAAAAGAGGCACCUGUACCUGUAGUCAAAGAGGCACCUGUGGUAGAAGACAAAGAGAUGCCCAUCCCUGGAAUAAAAAAGACAUCUGUUACUGAAGUCAAAGAGGCACCUGUUGCUGUCAAAGAUGUACCCACACCAGGAGUCAAGGAGGCACUUGUUGCUGAUGAGUUACCCACCCGUCAAGUCAAAGAGCCACCUGUUACUGAGGCUAAAGAGGCACCUGCCAUCGAAGAUGAUGUACCUGUUGCUGAAAUGAAAGAUGCACCUGUCACUAAAAGCAAAGAGGCAGUUUUCGCUGAAGUCAAAGAGGCACCUGUCAUUGAUGUCAAAGAGACACCUGUCACUAAAGUCAAAGAGGCACCAGUCUCUGCAGUGAAAGAAGCUUUUGCCCCUGAAUUCAAAGAGGCACCUGUCAUUGAAGAUGAAGGAGUUCUUGUUGCUGAAAUGAAAGAGCCACCUGUCACUGAAGUCAUAGAGCUGCCAGUUGCUGAGAUGAAAGAUGAGGAUAAAGAGGUAUCUGUUACUGAAGUAAAAGAACCCCUUGCUCCUGAAGAGGUACUUGUCACAGAGGCUAAAGAGGCAACUACCCCUGAAGCCAAAGAGGCACCUGUUACCACAGUCAUACCCACAAGGCUACCCACCCCUAAAGUCAAAGAUAUACCUGUUACUGAAGUAAAAGGAGCUCUUGUCCCUGAAGUUAAAGAUGCACCUGCCAUUGAAGACAAAGAAACACCUGUCACUGAAAUGAAAGAGGCACCUGUUGCAGAAGUCAAAAAGUUAUCCACCCCUGAAUUCAAACAGGCACCUGUCACUGAAGUCAAAGAGGUAGCUGUUGCUGAAGUCAAAGAGGCACCUGUCCCUGAAAUAAAAGGAACACCACUAAGUGAAGCAGCUGAUCUUGAUAAGACAACUGCGGCUAAGAUCAAAGAUGUUCCUAUCACUGAAGCAGAAGAAACAUCUGGGACUGAGCUUCAAGAGAUCCCUUUCCCUCAGGUGGAGACUCCUGUGAUUGAGUUAAAAGAGGCACCUCUUGCAGAGGUAAAAUAUACACAUGCCACUGGGGUAAAGGAGACACCGCUGACUGAGCUAGAAGACACUCCUGUACCUAAGGCCCCUGUUCCUGUGCUAAAGGACACUCCUGUCAUGGAGAUUGAAAAGGCAUGUGUUACUGAGGGCAAUAAGACACCUGGCACUGAGAUGACUGAUUCACCUGCCACCAAGGUAAAAGAGGCACCUGGCACUACUAAGAUACCUGUGCCUGUGACAAAGAAAGCACCUGUGAAUGUGACACCAGUUAAUAGAAAAGAUGCUGAGGUGAAAGAAACACCUCAUGCUGAAGUUAUAGGUAGUACACCUACCAGCAUGGUAAAAGAGGUGCCUGUAACUAAAAUUCCUGUCCCUGUCAACAAAAAGACACCUAUUAGUGAAGUGAAGGAGAAACUGGUCACUGAGAUGAAAAGUGCAUCCGUCCCUGGCAAGACACCUACAAGGGAUGUUGAAAAAAUACCUGUCCUUGGUACUGAGGUAAAAGAGGCUACUACUGUAGAUAUAAAUGAGGUGCCUGUCCAUGGAGUAGUUGUGAAACAAGCUAGAGUACCUGAAGAGCAAGUCACCUCCAAAACUGAGGUAGUUCUACAAACAGAGAAAGCUGAGAAGAAAAAAAGUCCAACAACUCCUAAGAAAGUCACAUUUGAGGCAGAUAUGAGACAGCCAUCUCCAGCAGAAGGUAGCAAGGUAAAGGAAGUACCGAGCCCAAAAGCCACACAACAAUUGCCUUUGGUUAAUGGAGACACAACUGAACGUCAAGAAGCUGUGCCAGCAACAGGUGUUUUCAUACAGGAUACCGGAGAUAGAGGCAAUGAAAGUGCCCCAUCUGACAAGCUUGUGUGUGCGGAUGUAGAGUUGGGAGGGGACAGUGAUGAGGUCAUUACCUUGCCUGGCAUAAGCCCUGACCCUGUCCCCAGUGGCAGUUCUUCUGAAGACAGUGGUGCUGCAGGUCAAAGGUCAAGGUCAAAGUCACCACAACCUCCAGGAAGGUCAAGAUCCAAGUCACCACAGCCUGCCCCUAAACAACCAGUAAAGAAAUCACCCAGUGGAGUCAAGUCUAGAGCUCAACAACAGUUAGAGUUCCUCGAGGAGAGACAGAAGCAGUUCAAGAUGGCAGCACUAAAAGCCAAGAAUGAGGGAGACAUGGAGCAUGCCAAAACUCUGCUAAGACAAGCCAAGGGCUUUGACCCCAUGAUUGAGGCAGCUCAGGGUGGACUGCCUGUUGACCUGACUAAGAUCCCAUCCCUGCCGUCCGAACCUCUGGAUGUAGACGAGUUUCUGGAGUCAGCAGAGGAGGCAGACCCAGCUAAGAUCGGAGACUCUGAGGAGAUGUAUGCACGACUUGCUCACACUCUGAAGAAACAGAUCGAGACCUGCAAGACCAGCUCAGAGCAGUACACCCACCUAGGAGAUCUGCAGGAGGCUACCAAACUGGAGAGGAUGGGCCAGGCCUCCAGACAGGACCUGGACACAGUGAAGAACGCCCACAACCAUGGCGACCCCCCGCCCAGGUUCCAUUAUGAGACCAGGACCUUCAGGCUUGUCAAGAUCAACACAGAGCUACUUGACAGUGAUCUUGAAGUUUCUGUACUCAGGGGUGUGGCCUAUCCCCUGCCUUCAGGGAUAUCUGAACCUAAGGACCUGUACACCUAUGUCAAGUUUGAGUUGCCUUAUCCUCAUGAUAAACCUCAAGAGUCCUCUACAUCUACAUUUAAGGGUGAUGCCAAUCCAGAGUACAAGCACACAGAGAAGUUCAGGAUAGACAGGAAGGCCAGGUCCUGGCUGGGGACUGUCAAGAGAAAGGCCAUUAAGUUUGAGGUCUUUUACGAAAGGGGAUUCCUGAGGAGUGACAAGUCAAUGGGAGAAGCACAGCUCAAGUUGGAGAAUCUGGAGAACAAGGCAGAAGUUCACGAAAUCAUAGAUUUGAAGGAUGGCCGUAAGACGUGUGGUGGAAAGCUGGAGGUGAAGGUGAGACAGAGGGAACCGCUGACAGGGAAGCAGGUGCAGCAUGUGCAGGAGAAGUGGCUGGUCAUCGACUCUGUCAAACGCAGACAGGAUGGUGCUGGGACCUCGCCCCAGUCUUCAUCACAGGGCAGCCCCAACCUGCCCAGUCUGGAGGUGCUGAAGUUUGAACAGAAACUCCUGGAGAGACAGAUCCAAGCGGUGAAGUCCAAGGGCAGGUUAGUUCCAGAGAGGAGUAUCCAGGUGUACCAGGAGAUGGGCCAGCAGAUCAUACAUGUCCAGAACCAGCUGGCAACGGGAGGACCUUCUGUCAAGAAAGCCUACAUCAGGCAGCUGGAAGCCAGUCUGGCCAGUUAUCAUGCAGAGGCUGUGCAGUGGAAUAAACAAGGGAAAAAGGAUAGAGCACACCAGGCCUUGAGUAAGAAAAAAGUUGUGGAGAAUGAGCUGAUGAAGUUCAAAGCUGCUGCUGUCCACACAAAGUGAACAUCACCAACCAACACCACGGGUCAGACCUAAAUAAUAUUGAUAUGUAUAGGAAGAUAGUAAUAUUUGUAAGCAUAUUUUUUAGUAUAUCAAUUUAUCAAAAGAUUUUGCUGCAUGGAAUGUAUAAUGGUUUUGAACUGCAUUUCUUCUGGUAGCAUUGUUUUAUAGUGGUAAAAUGUAUCAAGAAGAAUAGUCCUUGGGAAAUACACGUUUUUCUGCAGGGCUUGUCAUUACCAAUGGUGAGAAGUUGAAAUGAAUCAUUGCUCUGCAUCCUGAUAUGGUCUCCAGUCAUAGGGCAUCACUGUCAUGAAGAAAAUAUCUAUAGAAUGCCCUAUAUUAUCAGACAAAGUGUAGUAUUCAUGUACGUACUGAGGUUCCCAGUACUUGGGGCACAUUAAUAAAAAAUUUAAAGUAAAGGUUGUCUCUAGUAGGUAAAAGUGAUUUAACAGAACACCAGUUUCUACAUGAUUAGAUGCAUGUCCUUCUUUGUGUACCUGUUUAAGUACACUGCUCCAUUAGUGACUGAUAUGUCACUAUUUCCAGACUCCAGUGGAGUAGUGACAUAUCAGUCACUAAUGGAGAUCUUAAUUAAAACCAAACCAUUAAGGAGUUGACUACAAAACCCUGUUACCUCCCAUAGUGACUCUAUACUCAGCAUCUUGCCAGAUAAUGUCUCAAACCUACAUGUUAACUGUAUAGCCUUGUCAUACUUAGCUGUUCUUAAAGAAACCCAGCCGUUUAUAAGCCACAAAAUGACUGGCAAAAACAGAACAGUUUAUACAGUGUACAGUAAGAGGAACUACAUUGUAUAACAUUAAGAAUAUUUCAGCUUUUAUACCAUAUAUUUGACAAUUGAAAGUGUAUCAUAAAAGUAUAGGUACAAGGCCUUUCCAUUUAGUUAAGGGUUUUGCUUGUUUAGGCUUUUUUUAAAAAUAUGGUUUGAAAUUGUUGAGUCGUCUAUGUUUUAGCAUUGCUGCUUUGUGUGAAAACCAAUUGUAUCCAUCCAAAGAAAUGUAAUAUUGUGGCAGCCUUUCAAAUGGAUGUGGCUGUGAUAGUGUGUUGGAAAAGAAAGAAAAAAAACAGCUUCAUGAAUUUUCAGAAAUGUAGUUUAUUGCAGAAAGGUCUGUUUCUUUGUAUGCAAAAUAGGAACAUAAACAAGAACUGAAUGUAACUGUAGGAUAUUGAGUAAGCUUGCCUUUACCAUUGGUACAAUAAAGUAUGAUGUCAA